AAAAAACUUUUUGAAUUGAACGGUUGCUGCGCCUCCGGUUCGUUUCGUGUCCAGCGUGAAGGAAAGCAUAUUUGUAAAAUCUAAAGAGCCAAGUGAAAAGUGAGCAAGUUUCGUAAUAGCAAUUAAAAGUAAUAUCCGAGUAAGAAACGGCAAAUGCAAAUUUAAAGUGUGCGAACGAGCAGGAAAGCCAAAGCAAGCGAGAAAGAGUGUGCAAAGGAGAGGCGGCAAAUCACUCACACACACAAACACACUAGUUCACACAAAGAGUUCAAAGAGAGCCACAAACAAAACGAAAUUGUUACUAAAAAACGUAGCGUUCUCCAAGCAGCGGCAAAAAAACAACACAAAAGAAAACGUACGUGUCUGGGCAUUGAUUUUCCCCUCUCUAAAGAAUUUUCGUGGACGGAAUUCUAAAUGCGUGCAGCUAAGCGACAGUAUUUUUGCUCAACACUAAAAUAAAUAUAAAACAUAAAGCAUAAAGAUAUAGAAGAGGUAUACCCUGCACUCUUCACACUUCAGAGAUACAAAUACAGAAAUCUUAGCCGUGAUUAUUUGUUGCAUUUUUUGGACAAACGGAGGAAACGAGAUAGCGAGCUUAAGCCAGGAAACAACAAAAAAGAACAAGAACAAAAUAACAACAAAAUAAAAACAACAACCAAAACGUAGUACGACUAGCAAAAGACACCACCAAUCUAAUUUUGAAGUAAAGAUAAAGAUAAUACCACAAGAAAUUAGCCAAAACCUCUAUAUGUUUAGUGUAUAUAUUGAUCAUCAUAUAUGAACAGUAUAUAGCAUAUAGUUAUACAUAUAUUUACAACAACAAAGCAACAACAACAACACCAAGGCCGCCUCUUCUCUAGAAAAGACAAACAACUAACAGCUAAGAGACCGCUAAAAGAUCGGUGGUCCGAUAAUCACAUACAGAUAUUUGAACGCAAGAGGAGACACAGAAAGGCUUCAAGAUAGAUACCAUGGAGGACAAUAACACAAGCAGCAGUGCGGGCGGUACGUCCAUCAAGCACGAGGACCCAUCGGUGACACUCACAAUAAGGCUGAUUAUGCAAGGAAAGGAAGUUGGUAGUAUUAUUGGUAAAAAGGGUGAAAUUGUCAACAGAUUUCGUGAAGAGUCUGGUGCCAAAAUUAAUAUAUCGGAUGGGUCAUGCCCGGAACGUAUUGUGACUGUGUCUGGUACAACUAAUGCAAUCUUUUCGGCAUUUACGCUCAUCACGAAGAAAUUCGAAGAGUGGUGCUCGCAGUUCAAUGAUGCAGGCAAAAUUGGCAAAACUCAAAUACCCAUACGAUUGAUUGUGCCCGCCAGUCAAUGUGGAUCGUUAAUUGGCAAGAGUGGCUCAAAGAUCAAGGAAAUACGCCAGACCACGGGCUGCUCCAUACAGGUGGCCAGUGAAAUGCUGCCCAACUCCACAGAGCGAGCGGUUACCUUGAGCGGCAGUGCCGAGCAGAUCACCCAGUGCAUCUAUCAGAUAUGUCUUGUCAUGUUGGAGUCCCCGCCACGCGGUGCCACCAUACCGUAUCGACCAAAACCGCAAGUAACUGGCCCUGUUAUAUUGGCCAAUGGACAGGCCUUUACUAUUCAAGGCAACUAUGCAGUGCCCACACAAGAGACCUGUCCAGUAUUUCCACUUGCCCUGGCUACCGGCGGCCUACAUGCUGGUAUUUCAGGCUUAGCGGAUCCUUUAUUAAAGGGGGCACAUUUACAAGGAGCGGUACCAGCACACCACCAUCACCUACAGCAAAUGCCCGAUCAGGUGGCCAAGAACCCGUUGGCCAGUCUGGCUGCCCUGGGCCUGGCUGGCAUGAACCCAGCCAGCACUGGGGGCAUCAACCACACAGGUGAGUUGAGCGCUUCAUCGAUCAGAGGCCAGGCAGAUUUCCAAUCUAAUCUAGGCUCUGCCCCAGCAGCCCUGGCUGCACUGGCCGGGUCGCAACUGCGUACAGCCAACGCCGCCAACCGCGCCCAACAGCAGCAGCACGAGAUGACCGUAUCCAAUGAUCUGAUCGGUUGCAUCAUCGGCAAGGGUGGCACCAAGAUUGCCGAAAUCCGCCAGAUAUCCGGCGCCAUGAUCAGGAUCUCCAAUUGUGAGGAGCGCGAGGGCGGCAAUACCGAUCGCACCAUAACCAUUAGUGGCAAUCCGGAUUCGGUGGCCCUGGCCCAAUACUUAAUCAAUAUGAGGAUAUCAAUGGAGACUGCUGGUGUGCCCAUACCCGGAUAUCACUAUAUUGCGCCCAGUGCAAUUGUUAAAACACCCAUUCACUAAGUGAAACAAUCAACACCAACCACAGCAAACCAACCAACCAACAAUCAACCCAGCAAUCAAGCAGCAACAACAACAACACAAACAGCCGCAAGCAAACCCAUUGGAAAUCGCAGGAGGAGGACGUAGAGGAGCAGCAGCCGCAAUCGAAAAGGAAACGUCAAAUCUUAAAUCAUAAGCAAUAUAUCAAGAAUGAAUCAGAAAAAACAAAGGAACAGUUCUCAUAUGAAUACUGUCUGGAAAAAUCAUACAUUAAACACACACUCACACACUUACACCCACACCCACACCAACAGACGGACCACACUCAUAGGAAGACCGACCCAUACAUACGCGUUAUAUUUAUUCAUUGAUUCUUAUUAAUUAUGAUAUUUUUGAUUAAGUUUUAAAUGCAAAGGCAAAUCAAACACAAGAACUUUUAUGUUGAACCGUUUUCAAACGGGGAAGCCCCCCUCACCAUCCUUGGUUUGGGCGACGACCCCGCACAAGUAAGAACAGAACAGCAAUUAAUUCUAAGCUUAGUCAAAAUGAAGACAAAAUAAACUAAAAACAACAAAAAAAAACCAAGAAAAAACAAGAAUACAAAAUAAAAUAAUUAACCACAAUGCAUACAAAAAGCAUACAACAAAUACAAGAAGAAAGCAAAUGUAAGAAAGUAAAGUAAAGAAAGGCAAAGCAAAGUAUGGAAGGCAACAAUUUCGAAUGCAGUUAAUUUUAAGCCAUUUACAAGUAAUUGUGCAUUAGCAUGACCAAAAAACGGGACAGCAAACAAGCGGAAACACAAGAGAGAGAGACACACACAGUGAGAGAGAAAGAAGAGAGAGAGAUUUAAGCAUAAAGUGAAGGGAUAGGAAAGGAAAGGAAAGAGACAAGCAGACCAACAAACAAUCGACUCGAAAGACACAAAAAAAUAAAGAUGAUUCAGAUUGAAUAGACAUUAUAUGUAUGUAUGUUUUAUACGCUACAAUUGAGCAGCAGCGAUGCGUUUGUUAGUUGUGUUUGUGUUUGUUCAGAUGUGUAUACAUACAUAUGCAUAUAUAUUAUAUAUAGAGACGGCGAUAUAUUGAUACGAUAAUUCAUUAUUUUAUUAUUUCUAUUAUGGUAAUUGUUAUCGAAAUUGUAUUUGUGAUUUUUGAAUAUGUUUAGACUGAUGUGCAAAAUUGAUUCUGUUUAUUGAUUACGACUAAAACUACACUUUAAUGAUUAUGGACUAAUUAACUAGUUUUCACACCCCCACCCAUCCCAUCCCUUCUCUUUCGUUCCGUUCCGUUCUAUCUAUAUCUAUCUAUCAAUCUAUCUAUAUCCCAUAUUCGAAAUUAGUUUAAAAAAAUGCGAACUAGCCAAGGAUGGGAUCUCUGAAAUUGGAGAUACCCAGACCUUCUCUCGUACGAGUCUGUAUCCAAAAUUGUUAUGGUUUCUUUCGUUCGGUUUCUAGUGAAAAUGCUUAAUGCUAAUACCACAUUUACAAGACCUAAAAAUUAGCGAAAAAGAACAAUUCGAAUUACAAUAAUAACUUUUAAGCACUUUUGCGGCGAUUAAAAAGACUUUUUUCUGGAGCGC